AUGGAACGGGGAUCUGGCAUCGCGGAGCCCGACAGUCGGAGAAGGGCGCGAUCACGCAGUCCAAGGAGAUGCAGAUACCUGCUGCCUCCGCCACCUAAGGCGGGCGAUCCACCGGCUGGCCCACCACCUCCUACCCCUGUCUACUUUCAGACACAUGCGGCGGGGACAGAGGACGGCACGGAGGAAGCACACCACAGCUGGGAGCAUGAAAGUCUCUCGGAAGGGCAUGCCUCGAACUCGGACUCCGAGGGGAUCGAUGUGCGGGAGAUGGCACGAAGGGCUCGUGAACAAAGAGCACAACAAGGAGGAAAUAGACCCUCAGUGGCAAAGCACCUGCUGGAGAGGCCGGAGGCAGACACGUGGGUCGCCGACGGAGCUUCCCCAAACACCAAACCUUCUUCCUCUCGACUGGAGAAGGCAGCUGAGGGUGCAGAGCAGGGAGAAGGAGAAGAAGAACAAGAGUUUGAUGACGACCCCUGCCUUGACGACUCCACUGCACAUGAACAUGACGAGGAGGACUCGGAGGCCUCUGUUGCAGUCUCGUGGUUCACUGACUCGUCGUCUGAAUUGUCAGAAGGCCUCCCUCGAAGAGUCCUCUAUCACUCCAUGAAGAACGGCUUGGGCGGUGACCUCAGCUAUGCUGGCAGGAGUUCUCUUUAUCAAUCAGUGCUAGCGGAAGCGAUCCUUCAAGCGGGCAUUGCGGAGAGCGAUGAGGACAGGGAGUACCAUAUACCGGGGGCGUUUAUAUACAUCGACAGUGUGAAUCUUGAUGGGCUAACAACCGUUGUUUACGAUUCUCUUGCAAAUUGGAUGCAGACUGCUCCUUAUGAUGUGCUUCUUCUACAAGAGACACACCGCGGAUUUGGGGAUGAGCAGGCGGAGUGGAAAGUGGGACAGUGGACUCUGAUUACCUCGCCAGACCCCAAAUCACGAUUCGCAGGGGUCGCCAUUGCCAUUCGCACCACGGUCGCCGCCCACUUCACGGCCAGAUGCCUACCUGUAAUUCCAGGACGGCUGCUUCACGUUAGGCUGAGUGGGGAUACAUACAGCAUUGAUCUUCUCAGCUGUUAUCAACAUGUUAUCUCCAGCAGGGAACAGCGACACAUCAACGCCUCCAAACGUGAACAGUUCUGGACCAAGCUCGGGAGAUACACGUCGACGUUACCACAGCGCAACUUGCUUGUAGUGGCUGGUGAUUUCAACUGUGAGGCCAGAAGAACCACGGGAACUGCAGGCUGCUCUGCUCCACAGGCGAAUUCAUACUACUUUGAUCAAGAUGACUUCGUCGGGUAUGCGCAGGCAAACAGCCUCUGCUUUCUCAACACGUGGGGCAGCAGCGGGGCUCAGGACAUGAACACGUUCGUUAAUGGCACCUGCAAAAGUCAAAUAGACUAUAUCCUGACGAGGCGAUUUCAGGCGGAUUCCCUCUCUCGACGGGCUCGCCCCGUUGCAGGCCUGGACUUCUCCCCGUGGAGGUUGGGGGCAAAGCACAGACCGGUGGAGGCCUCACUUCCACUCAAGCCGGGCAGCCAGGAUCAGGCCACAGCCUUUGGUUCCGCGGAGCAACUACGAGAUCAGGUGGCACAGGCCUUGCAGGUGCAGACGGAACAGUACACGGCAGACAAUCUCAACGAUCUGUUGGUGAAAUGUUGUGGGGAAAUCUUCCCACCCAAGCCGAAGGCACAAGCACUACGACCAUGGCAGCAACCGGAAGUUCGCUUCUCUUUGGGAGAAAUGUGGAGGCGCAGGCGGGAGUUGCAAAGGGUCGGUCGGGAUGUGAGAUUGGGGCUCUUCUCGCGAAGGCAGGUGUUCUGUGCCUUUCGUGCCUAUGCAGCCUUCCAGCGAAGCUACCGGGAGGUUCGGCAGCGGGGCCUUCUGCAUCGCAAACAACUGUUGCACAGACGACUCGAGGAAGCCAGGCGUGCCGAGAGUGCCAAGGACACUCGUCUCCUCUACCAGGUGGUCCGGGACAUUGCACCCAAAAUGCAGGGAGGACGUGUUCGCAUCCGCUCUGAAGCAGGAGAGGUGCUGAUGGCAUCGGAGGAGCACGCCGAAAUCUCUGCGUACUUCCAGCAACUCUUCAGUCUACAUCCACAUGACAUAGAACCCUCGCCCAGGCUGGACCCUCUGAUCCUGAAUGAGAACGAGAUUCUUUCUUCACUUGGGAAAUUAGGCAAGGGCAAGGCAGUACCUGUGCUCCAUGCUCCUUCAUCCGCUUGGCGACACUGCAGGCAGCAGCUCUGUGGACCGCUGACGGAGGCGUUUCACUGUGAGACGACAGCAGGUUAUCCCGGCAGAUGGGCAGAUUGCAAUUUGGCCCUUAUCCCUAAGCCUGGUAAGACGAUAAAGAGACCGGAUUCCUUACGACCUCUGGGGAUACAGGAUGCUGCAGGUAAGGCUAUAGCUAGGGUGCUCAAGGAGCGACUAUUUGUCCAGAUCAGGGAAACACUGGAGCAAUAUCCUCAGUUCGCCUACUUGUGCAAUCGAUCUGCCCAAGAUGCCAUACAGCGGGUGACCGAACAUUGCAGUAAAGUUCGGGGAAAGGUGGAACAAGACCGGCACAACAUUUAUCAUAAAAAGUCUGGCAAGGUUCGCUCCAAGUACGUUGGUGGGGCACAGAUGGCUUUAGAUAUGACGACUGCCUUCGAUCGGUUACCCCGGACGGCACUGCAAGCAGCGAUGGAGUGGGCGAAGGUAGACCCGAAUCUCGCUUCCAUGAUUUUAGAAGUGCAUGGUGCUUGUCGGUACCGGAUUGAGCACGAGGGCUUUGUCUCGUAUGUUGACAUGUCCAAUGGAGUUAGGCAGGGGUGUACACUGGCUCCAUUAUUAUGGGCUCUGUUCAGCGUUUAUUUGCUGCAUCGUAUUGAACUUCGCUUGUCCAGCCAGUGGCCGCGAGACUCGAUGACGUUGUAUGCGGAUGAUACGCACUGUGCAUGGAAGCUGGAGAAUGCCCAGGACCUCGCCUUUUUCAUCCAGAGUGCUGUGGUUGUGCUAGAAGUGUACCAGGAAUUCGGAAUGCAGGUCAACACGGAAAAAUCAGCUCUCAUAAUAAGGCUGGCUGGCACACAUGGAGCUAGAUGGCUAAAGAAGCACACUGAGAUGAUCAAUGGCAGGCCUCAUUUUCUCCUGGCGCAUGGGCUUCAAUCCUUUCGGGUUCCCUUGGUGCAAAAGGUGAAGUAUCUGGGAGUUAUCAUCUCGUACACGAACUUCGAAACAGCAUCGGUUAAGCAUAGGCUACAAGCUGGAGGACUGACGAGACAGAGAAUGGCAAAGGUGCUUCAUUCCUCCCGCUAUUUGUCUAUCGGGCAGCGACUUGAGAUCUAUCGUGCAUGCGUACGAACUACUAUUCUCUACGGAAUACAGCACAUGGCACUCUCUGAAAAAGAUCGUCUCCUUGUUCAUCGUCGCGACGUUCGAUAUGUUAGAGCGAUAGCCAAGUCACCGGUGCACAUUACCAAGGAAACCACAGAGGCGUUGUUCAGCAGAUUGGGCCUGAAGUAUAUACUGGGUGCCACGGCCAACACAACAGCUAGGAGCACGCAGAAGGCAGAUGCACAGGUUCACCAAUCCCGUGGGGUCGCCUUGGUAGAUGUCUUGCCGGGCACACAGCGGCGUACAGAGAUCUUGACAUUUCGAAGCACAGCAUCGAAGGGCUUCCCAAGUGUCGACACUGCGGGCUGGCAAUGGCAGGGGAAGCCCAGGCUGCUCCGGAGGCAGCAAAGGGACCUGCUUUGCAGUUCGCUGCGGGGUCUCAUUCUAAAGAACCAGCUGAAGCGGCGAAAUGAGGUCAAAUCUGAGUGUCGCACAGUUGCCCUGGUUCGCUCCAGUCCUUGCUCGGCAUGCGGUCGAUCCCCGCUUCAGGAAAUGACGGACUGCUUCCAGCAUAUGCAGGGGAUGGAGGUGGAUGCCACGUUGGGGAAACGCGAGGCACCAGUCGCGACCGACAACCAAGUGGAGCAGGCGGAGCCACAGCAAAAGCACUCUCGGCCCCAGUCGAAGGGACUAGGGGGCCAAGGCAAGGGAGGCCGGGGAUCGGGGCCAGAUGCGGCACCAGUGAGUCCGGGAACAUCCACGGGACAAGGGGCCCCGGAACAGCCAGUGGACCCGCUGGUGGCGGCAGCAGCAGCUUUUGGAGACCGCGGACAGCAGCAAACCACGGCCAUGGAGCCCAAGCAGCAGGGGAACCAGACGAGGCAGCAGGGGAGGCAGCAGCAAGGUUGGAAACACAACCAGGGCCAGCGCAGAGGGUGGAGCUCCUACAAUUGGGGCGGACAGCGGAAGCAGAAGGAGGAGCAGGCCUGGGAAGACAAUCUGAGGCUGUUGGCCAGGCUCUGCCUUCGCCACGAGGACGAACUGUCCCAGACGAGAGUGGAGCGAGACUUCAUUCUAACGAUGGAGACUCAGGAGGCGGCGGUUCUCACCAAGCUCUACAAAUUGGCGACGGUGUGGAAGGAGCGGAAAGAGCGGCAGGAAGUGGACUGCUCGCUGAGGCUCUGCUUAUUCCUCGGGCUGUUGCAGGUCUGGCUGGAGCGGAUGAGGGCUCUGGAACAGAACGGUCCGGAGGCAGAGGCGCUGCGAAAGCGCAUCAUGGAGCAGGGCUAUGCUCAGAUGCCGGAGGGCACCACGGAACUUCAGUGGUUCUACAUGAGGUGGAAUCACUCCACACAGGCAAUGGAGAAAGUGCCAGAUGUGGAGCCCAUGCUGCAGAGCCAGGUGGUGUCCAGCUUGGUUCAGCUGCAGGCGACAAUGGUGGCACCGAAUGCCCUGCUUCGCUUCCACUCAACGAGGAGGAUGGCGGCGGAGUAUGCGGGGGAGACGGUCACGUUUCUUUUGACCAUAGGUCAGAGGGACACAAUGGCAGCACAGGCAUGGGGGAUGCUCACCAACCUGUGCGGCAACGGAUCUGGAAAGGCCAUCGGGCUCAAAAUGAAGCCAGCCAGGAUGGAUCGCCAACCUCUCGCCAAGAUCGUGGCCGAGAGAUUUCCUCCGCCGAUGAUGUCAAGCCGAGCAGCGGGAUCCCAACAGCGGGAGACAGCAGUCGACGACUCACACCAGCAGGAGAAGGAGGAGUGCAAUUGA